AUGGGAAUUUUCGACCCUCGAUACAAGCUCAAGGUUCACAUCAUUCAAAUCAUCUUGAUUCACAUAAUCAUAGGUGUAUCUGCACCACGAAUGUUUCUGAAGGGCCAGCCAAGAACUCGUGCCAAUACUAUUGCUUUGGGCAUGGGUGGCAAGUCCAUGAUCAUAAUCUUCUACCAAAUCCUCACGGAGCAUGUUGCGCGGUUCAAGAAAUGGCGUAGCCUGAAGGCGUAUGCCAUCCUCAAUGCACUGGAAGUGGUCUUUUGGGCUGCUGUCGUGUUUCUUGUGCUACAAGCGCAGCUUCAAAUUUGUGUGGGCGUUGGAUGCACACUGGGUUGGGUCACCGUUGCAAUUGCAGUCGUCAUGACAAUCAUUGCACUAUACAUGGCGAUAUUGUCGUUCUUCGAGUUUCGUGGCUCGAGAUCACGACAGUGGAAGGAGAUCUCUAGAAAGGCUCCAAGUACUGGUCAGAGGGAACACUCGAUGGAUGAGCUCGCAAAUCGCCGGGUUUAA